UACCGCUCGGCGCUCCCGCUCAGUGUUGGGGUGUCAUCAGGUGUCAUUCGGUGUUAUUGCAUCGAUACCACGAGAUACAUUCAUGACAAAUUUAUGAUAAAUGUCGAAAAACACGCGAGAUCAAUAGGUUCACAAAGAGAUACCGGUAAACCCGACACCGGUUAAUUUGAGAAGAAGAUAAUCGCAAGACAUGGUAAAUGUGACGAAGGGCAUUCUGGUCGAAUGUGAUGCGGCUAUGAAACAGUUUCUCCUACACUUGGACGAAACGUCUGCGCUAGGGAGAAAGUUCAUAAUUCAAGAUCUGGACGAAAGACAUCUGUUCAUAUCCGCCGACAUAUUGGAAACUUUGCAAGCGAAAGUAGAUGAUUUGAUGGAUCAGAUAUCAUUCCCACUGGCAGAAAAGGGUAUAUAAAAAGGAAGAGAACGAGAAAA